AUGCACAUGCUCGCCAUCGUGGCUCUCGCCACACCCGCCGAAAGCAUGCGCGUCGCCGCGUUCACUCCCUCCGCCUCAUCGGCGGCAGUCGGCGCCACCACUCCAACCGUCAAACUCUUGGGCGUGCAGCCGCUGACGAUGACCUUCACGCAUGCCGUCAUUGCGCUCGGGUCGGACUGGGGCCCGGGCCAGCUGCCCGAAUCGCUAAACCCGUUCCUUCUCUCACCGCCCGUCGCCGGAUCCGUGCGCUGGGUCACCACCUCGAUCGCGCGCUUCGACCCCGACGAGCGCUGGCCGACCGACCUGCAUCUCUCAGUCGGCGUCAAGCCAGGGCUCACGUCGUACGAGGGCCUGCGCACGCGAGCGUGGAGCUGCACUUUUCGCACGCCGUCGACCGGCGCGCCGCUCGGCGUGGGCGCCGUGCACAGGCUCCUCCUUCCUGCGGGGACGCGGUACCACUCCUCGUGCGGCCCGCUGGGCAGCGCCGUCGAGGCGCGCUUCAGCGGCCUCCUGCCCUUUUCGAUCCCCUUUCGGCAGACCGAGCCGCCAGCAGACGAGUGGAGGGCGAUGCGGCCGUCGGCCCGGCGGCAGCGGCUGCUGCUGCGGCACGGGCUCGCCGCGUCGGUGGCCAUCGACGCUCUCGCGGCUCAGAUGAGCUUGCGGCUCAACAGCACGGGCGCUGCUCUCCCGCUCAUGCUCUCGCGGCCAGGCGCCGCGCCGCCGUUGCUCGGGCGGCGAGCGGGAUGCGGCGCUGUCGCGCUACUCGAGGCGGACCUCCUCCCCGACACGCGCUACACUCUCUCCGUCUCUGGCUCGGGCCGGCACUCGUACACGACCUUUGACACCGCAGCAGCAGACGCGGGGCUCACCCUCCCCGACGGGCAGGGGAGGCCCCUCCGCUUCGCCUCCGGGGCGGGCGGCCUCGACCCGCCCGACAACUGGCCCGCCGUCGUGCAAGGCGGGCCGGCGUGCCUCGACGGCAAGAAGAAGAGCGCCGCCGUCGACGCGCUGCUCGCCGGUGGCACCGCCCUCUCCUCCUUCCCCUUCCCCGGCAGCGGCGAGGCGGAGGCGCGCACCGCUCCCCUCGGCGGCGCGCUGCGGCGGGGCACGCGGCAGCUUCCCACGCGGCUCUUCUAG